AUGAGCUUGUUUGAUGCCAAAGAGGCAUCGACGUUUGGGCUUUUUCACCUGGAUGUUGCGCGGUCAAUCAUUGCUCGGCUUAUUCGUGGGGUCGCGUUCCUUCAUGGCCAGGAUAUUGUACAUGGCGAUCUGCAUCUCGGCAACAUCCUAGUUCAAUUUCCUAGGGAAGUGAUCGAUACUCUCUCCACUGCAGAGCUAUACGAGAAAUACGGCGAGCCCUACUCCGAAGCCGUCAUUCGUCUCGACGGCAAGCCAUUAGCAAAUAACAUACCCGCACGCGUGUUCAUUCCCAGCUGGUACGGCGUUCCCAGCAAUGACAUUAUUCUCGGAGAAGAAAAGAUCCUCCUCAGCGAUUUCGGGGAAUCUUUCAACCCACACGAAACAGCCAGGUUCUCUUCAAAGACUCUUCCCCUCCUUCAGCCACCAGAGGCUAGAUUCUCUAACAAGCCUCUCUCCUUUCCCUCAGAUGUUUGGACACUCGCCUGUACCAUCUGGGAGAUUCUCAGCCAGCGGCCUUUAUUCGAGGCCUUUUUCGCUACUCCUGACCGUGUGACCGCUGAGCAAGUAGAAACCCUUGGUGUUUUACCUUCUGAGUGGUGGGAGAAGUGGAGCGGAAGAUGGGAGUGGUUCAAUGACGAAGAGGGCAAGCUGAAUUUGAAGAAAAAGUCUAGGGGUCCUGAUGGUGUGCGUAUGUCCUGGGACCGGAGGUUCGAGUACUGUAUACAGGAGCCUCGAGCUCAGGCGGGCUUAGAAACAGUGGCAGAAACUGAGAGGAGGGCGUUCAAGGCGAUGCUUCUGUCGAUGUUGGCCUUCAGGCCGGAUGAAAGAGCGACAGUACAGCAGGUUUUGUGCUCGGAUUGA